AUGCGUGGAUCCAUUCUCCCUCGCGAGGCUUUUGCCGUCUCUCUUGCUAUGCCCAAAAUUCGAAUCUAUCUAUCUAUCUAUCUAUCUAUCUGCCAUAUCAAAACCUCGUUACUUCACUUAUUUUAUAAAUUUCUCCCUCUCUUUAUCUCUCUCUCUCUCUCUUUAUCUCUCUCUCUCUCUCGCUCUCUGUAUCCCCCCUCUCUCUCUCUUUAUCUCUCGCUUUAUCUCAAUUUUCGUUCUGUUUUUCGUUACUUAUUUUUUCUUUCCUUUUUGAUUUGCUCUUUUUUUCCCUUUUUAAUUUUCAUUUUUUUUCCCACAUUUACCUUCUUUUUCCCUUCUCAUUCGUUUUUCCUCAUUUUUCUUCUCAUCCCUCUAUUGAUUUUCUUUCUUUUUUUUCCUUAUUCUUUUAAUUUUAUUUCUUCCUUUCUCUUCUUCCAUUCUUCUCUUCUUCAUUUCUUUUCUUUCUUUUUAUUUUCUUUCUUUCCUCCUUCAUACACUUCUUUUCCGACACUCUUUCUCUCUUUCGCUCUUAUUCGUUCUUUCUUUAAUUUCUGUUUCUCCUUUUUUUAUUUUGUUGUCUCCGUUUUCUUUCUCAUUUUUCUUCUGUAG